AUGUUGAGGAGUUUCUUGCCAACUCUUAUCGCCCUAUUGGGAUUAUUCCAUACGGUUCAAGGCGAAAUUCGUCCGUUCAAUUUAUUAUUGUCCCCAGCGUCCGACUAUAUUCACUACGUGGAAGGAUUUCUAAUCUCUCCAGGAUACAUUGAUCUAGGGCUUUUGAGAUUCUGGGCCAGCGAACUUGAUUUGGACGAUGCGAGGUUGCCAGAGCACGAUGGAGAGGAACAGGAAAAGAAGCAAAAGGACGAGAAUCAGGACCAAGAUGGAGGGGGACGUCAACUGCGCCAAUUAAAUUCUACGUUCGAGUCAGUGAUGGAGGGGUCAAUCAUUGAUAUUGCUGUCUUUCUAUUGCCCUCCUCCUGUGCAGGCACCAAGAAGGGAUGCGAUUGGACAAAACUAGGAAUCGGAAGACGCUCAGAGGCAGGAGUCCUAAGAUAUUGCUGCAGCGCUGAUGCCGUCACCCUCGGUUUGUGUCAACAAAUACAACUUGGUCAUUUGAUCAUUGACAACGAUAACUUUGUGGGCAAUCAUCGUCAAGUUACCAUCCCAGCCACUGGGGAAUAUGACGCUCAUUUGAGUUAUGGCCGUUUCGAAGAAAAAUCUGGAAGCGGGAAGUAUGUUGUGGCGUUUGCAAAUUGCAAUGAUGGCGGAAGACAGGUCGUUGUGGAAGGAAAGACUGUCUGGAAGUCUCGCCAUGGAUACCUUCCAGGAGACUUAUUCGGACUCAUGUACUUUAACGUAUUCUUGUUCGCAAUUUACUUUGUCGUUCUCAUGUGGUAUGGUAUUACCAUGAAAAUGUACGAAGAUGCCAAUAUUCCAAUCCAGAACUGGGUCUUUGCGACUAUUUCAAUGGGAUGUCUGGAGCUCUUCUUCAAGGCAGGCGAUUUGUUUGUCUGGAACGAGGAUGGAUCUCGAUUUUGGAUUGCCUUUUACGUUGGUGUAAUUGUGGGUGUUUUGAAACGUGGUAUUUCGAGGUGCUUGAUUGUAAUGGUUGCGUUGGGAUGGGGAGUUAUCCGUGACGACUUGGGUCCAGUGUUGAAUCGCAUUCAAUUCUUGGGAGGCGUCUACGUCGCUGCUUCCCUUGUUGCCGAUAUCUUCACUGUGGUGGCCUACACGGAAGUCCAAAAACUAAAUCAAGAGGAAGAAGUGGAAAUCUUUGACGUUGUCACCGUUCUAAGGCUUGCAAUUUUCCUUGUUGAUAUUGUAUUCUACCUUUGGAUCAUGGAUUCACUCAGCGCAAGCAUGGAAUACUUGGAGGGUAUGGGGCAAACCAGAAAGCUGGAACGGUAUCUGCGCCUGCGCUGCCUGCUUCUUUUUUCCAUUCUAUUUGCGGUCAUUACGUCUGUAUUUGGAGUGGUGAACGACUACGAUCAAGGUAUUGUCGACAAUGCACAGAAUUGGGUCGUCGGUGCCGCUGGAGAGAUGAAUUACCUCUUUGUGCUGAUGACUGUAGCCAUCUUAUGGAGACCAUCGCCCAAUGCCAAGGAGUAUGCUUACGUCAUGGAACUGACGGGAGGCGACGACAGUGAUGAGGAGGGCGUCAUAGAAAUGAAGGGUGCUGUCGUUCCAUCGGCUGCCGAUGAUGAUGACGAUGAUGACGACAAUGAAGAGCAUGGAAUUUCCUUUGAGGAUGAACCCGAGGAUGGCAACGAAGAAGGUCUUAGAUUUGAAUAA